UCGUGAUCGCGCACGCGUCUUAAAAAAUCCGCCAAGCUCAAUUUUUUUCUUUUUUUUUUUUAUUCAACAUCAGUGUUUUAUACAAAAGUGUUGAAAUUUUUGUGAAAAUCGUCAUUUUUUUUGGAAAAUCUCAAAUUUUCAUUUUUUUUUUUUUUUUUUAAAUACUGUGCGUGAAAUUCUAUUAUUUUUCAUUGCAAAGAAAAAGAAAUUAUUACAAAAAAUGGAAUAAGAAUAUAAGUGAAAAAAAAAAUCUAAAUUUAUAAAUAUUUAAUGUAAAAUAUUUGGAACUGAAAAAAAAUUAACAAUUUAAAAAUUCGACGCCAUUGUUAUAAAUAAUUGAAUGUUGUUUUUUAUUUUUUUGAAAAUUUUUUGAAAAAAUCAACUAAAAGGAAUUUAAUUCCAAGUUUAAUGGAUCAUUAAGUGUAGUGAAUUUUUUUGGUGUAUAGAAGUGUCAUAAAAAAAAAUACAAUUGUUUUUGAUUUGAGUAAAAAAAAAAAAAACUAAAAAAAUGCUUGGGGGGUAUGAAUCUCAGGCGGAUUAUUAUCCUCAGUGGCAUCAACCCUAUAAUUAUGUCACUCAACUUCCUUAUGGUCACACUGGAGUUGCAGAUACACAUUCUUAUUGGGGUGCCGACUCCGAUAUAUCGGGAGGUAGUUCCGGCGCCGGAAGUCCAACGGCAUCUACGCCGCCUUUGAUCGAAGAACUUGGCGUUCAGGACUCAAGUUACUCAUCUCCUGAGCAAUAUCAAUAUCAUCCAACUAAUUCACAGCAUCAACAUUAUUCUGGUCUAAUUUAUCAUCAUCAUCAUCAUCAUCAACAACAACAACAACAACAUCAACAACAUCAACAAGAUGCAUCACAAAGUCAACAACAAAGACGGCAAAAUGAAUUUUCCAUUUCGUGUGCAGUUCUUCAUCAGUCGGAAAAUGUAAAUCAUUCGGUUCAACAUCAUUUGUCAACAAUUAGAGAAGGUGGAUUGGUGGUGAGGCCAAAGAGACGUAAUACAGCAAAUAAAAAAGAAAGAAGACGUACACAAAGUAUUAAUAAUGCAUUUGCUGAUUUGAGGGAUUGUAUUCCAAAUGUUCCGGCCGAUACAAAAUUAAGUAAAAUUAAAACAUUAAGACUCGCCGCUUCUUAUAUUGGAUAUUUGAUGGCUGUUUUGGAAAGUGAUGAGGGUCAGGAGCCACAGACAUUUCGUGCGGAAAUAUUGUCAACUGGCAAACGAAAUAAAUCACAACAUUUGUGUGAAAAUUCCAUGAUUGGAACUUCAUUAGUUGGCCAUGAAGAAACUACGAAAAGUAAAGGACGAACUGGAUGGCCACAACACAUGUGGGCUCUUGAGCUCAAACAAGAAACCCCAUCGAGUCAAUUACAAUAGAACUUUCAAAAACCAUUCAAUUGAAAAAGUUACGAAUUUUUUUUUUUUUUCUUUCUCUUUUUGAAAACUAUAUAUUGAGUAAAAGAUUUUUUUUUUUUUUUGCAUAUUUGUAGAAAAAAAAUAUCUCUCUUCUAAAGUCAAUAACAUCUGUGUAAAAAUGACCAAAGUUGUACAUAUAUAUACAUAUAUAUAAACAUAGUUAAAGUAUAGAAAAAGAAAUUAAUUUUUUUUAUUUAUAUAAUUUUGCAAAAAAAUUCAACUUUUAAUGUAGAAAUAAAUUAA